CUUUUCUCCCUCCCAUUUCCCAUUAUCUUCCCUAUUAGCAUCGCCUCAGUAUCCCCUUCACUUCUACCCAUAAGCAUCAGCCUAAAUUGAUACUGGCCCACGAUGGUUCGGCCCGGACGCCAGGAGAGGGAUCGAUCCCUGCUUCCGUCCGAGUUAGCUCAAUCGCAAGCGGACUCCAGGCAUGGUGUACCUCCCCCCUGGGAAGAGCUGGGUGACGUUCCAUCUGUGGCUGAGGAGGAUGUGGGUUCGCAGAUUUAUGUUGACCCUGACGCAGCCGCCCAUGAUGAAGCGCAAGGGGAUGGCGAAGGCGGCGAUGACGGCGGGUACGAGGAUGAUCGAGAUGUGGGCGUAGGUGGCGAGGUCGACGAGGUAGAGGACGACAAGGGAAGCGAGGAUGAGCAAGAAGACGAGGCAGGAUGCAACGAUGAUGAGCCCCAAUUUGAUCCCUCGGCGAUGGGUUUGAAGGAAAUCAGCAAUCUUGCGAGCUUCACGGUCAGCAGCUAUAAGCCCGGCUGUGGAGUGAAAGAGCUCCGAGACGACGAUGCAAACCAAUUCUGGCAGUCUGACGGACCGCAACCGCACCGCUUGAAUAUUCACUUCAUCAAGCGCGUCGAGAUACGCGCACUUCGACUCUAUCUAGACUAUGAGCUCGAUGAGAGCUACACGCCCACCAAGAUCCAAAUCACGGCCGGCUUCGGGCCCAACCAGACCAUCCCAUUCACGACCAUGGACCUGUCCAUGCCAAAAGGUUGGAUCGACGUGCCCAUCGCCGGAGCCGGAGGCGGUGCGGAUGGCAACUCUCUCUGCUGCUGGUUUGUCCGUGUCAUUGUUGUUGAGAACCACCAGAACGGGAAGGACACCCAUAUUCGCGGUGUCAAGGUGUACGCGCUAGACGACACUGCGGAUACCGCCGAGAAUAAUCCCGUUGACGAUAUGGUCGAGGCCAUCGACGAUUACAGCGAGAGGAUGGCUGAAAUGGACGUUCACGAUCACGAUGAGGACACCCUGAAGAAAAUCGAGGAGGAUAAACAACGUCGGAAGGCCAAGGCUAAGAAGUACACACCCGGCGACGGAGGACUAAGCAUCCCCGACUUCAUGAGAGAGCCGGAGAUUCGUUAAGGCCUGUCUAGGAAGGGCAGCGCCGCCAGAUGUAUAGAUCGAGGGUUUGGGGCGUUUCGGAAGUCAUGGCUGGUCAUUACGAUACCCCAUUAUUGGUGCUCUGGAUUUGGGGAAAGACAUAGGGGCUACCAUAUGCCUAUGUGAAGCCGGACGACUCGUCCAGCCACUCACGGACCAAAUGGUCUUGUGGUAUUUCCAAAAGCACGAGGAUAGAGAUUGUUUAUGGGCAAAGCAAGUCUUGCGACAAAGGCCGUGCGCAACUGGAGAUGACACCUAGUAAAUUCGAGGCUUUCACCCUCUUUAGAGGACUAGCGAAUUGUUAAUCGUCAUAAUGAGAACUACAUAUGCU